GGUGAUGACAGAAGAUUUUAGCUCGACCCCUUAACUUUCUAAGUUUGGGGAAACGAACACUUUUUGCGUUUAAUGUUGACAGGCUUUAAGAAUGUUGGAUACAAGCAGCUGACUGUGAAUGCAUGUGGAGACUUUGGAGAUUAAGAAGAUGAGUUCCAGAAGGCUGAUGAACCGUUCGCUCUCGAGUGAUGGAAGGUCUUACUACGGUGCCAGCGAUAUCACCUCCAAUAGAAGGUCUGGCAGUAGGAGCUACCUGAGCAGUGCCCGAUCUGAAAGCAGGAACACUCUCUGCAGUGUCAUGGCUCAAUUAACUGAGGAUACACAGCCAACAUUUGAGUCCACCUUAAAAUCCAAAGCUGUGUCUGAAGAUGCUAACGUCAAGUUCAACUGUGUGGUCUCAGGCUACCCAGUCCCUGAGGUUACAUGGUACAAGGAUGACAUACAAUUGGACAGAUACUGUGGCCUUCCCAAAUAUGAAAUAUCACGCAAUGACAAGACACACACACUCCAAAUAUACAACUGUACUCUGGAGGAUGCUGCAAUUUACCAAGCAUCAGCACAGAACAGUCGAGGCAUUGUGUCAUGUUCAGGUGUGUUGGAGGUCGGAACAAUGAGCGAGUACAAGAUUCAUCAAAAUUACUUUGCAAAGCUUAAACUGCGAAACGAGAACCGUCGCCAAGAGCAGGAGGAGCACCGCAAUAUAGGCAAAGAGAAUGUCCCAGCAGCCUUUGAGCACGACAGGAUGAGUAGUCCUGAAAGAGCCCAGAGGAAACGCAGGUCCAUGGAGGCUUUAGAGGAGAAAGCGGUACAGGUGGAAACAUCUCCAGUAGAGGACAGACUGGCUGCUCCAGUACAAGUGUCAGCAGCAGGACUUUUCCAUGGCAUCUCAAACUCAGAAAUGAUUGCAAACAGAGACAAAGACAGUGAGGGGCUAAUGUAUAUCCAUGAGACUGUGCAUAGUGCCUCCAGCAAACAGACCAAUGAGCAUUAUAUCAAGAAGAAGCUCAAAAUCUCAACAGCUGCAACAGAGAAAAGCAAGGAAAACAGACCAACUGGAAGAGGGGAAGAGAUGAUGAAUGAGAGAGGGACUUCCAGUGAGAAGAUGGAGGUACAGAACACAGUCGAUCAAAUUGCCUCAGUUACUGAAUCUAGAAACAAAAUGGACAUAACAGACAGACAAAAAAGUAGAAAACAGCCAGAGAUAGUCAACAAAAGUGCCUCAGAAGAAUCAAAGACGGCUAAAGGUGCUCAUAUUACCACAGUGACAAAAUCUAGAAACAAAAUGGACAUAACAGACACAAAAAUGAAAGAAAAGCAGUCAGGGAAUGUGAACAAAUGUCCCUCAAAUGAAUCAAGGAGAGCUCAAGGUGCUCAGAUUGCCUCAGUGAUUGAAUCUAGAAACGAAAUGGACAUAACAGACACAAAAAUGAAUGUAAAACAGUCAGUGAAUGUGAACAAAAGUGCCUCAAACGAAUCAAGGAGAGCUCAAGGUGCUCAGAUCACCAAAGUAACUGAAUCUACAACUAAAAUGGGCAUAGCAGACACAAAAAUGAACGCAAAACAGUCAUUGAACGUAAACAGAAGUGCCUCAGAAGAAUCAAGGAGAGCUCAAGGUGCUCAGAUCACCACAGUAACUGAAUCUACAACUAAAAUGGACAUAACAGACACAAAAAUUAAUGUAAAACAGUCAGUGAAUGUGAACAAAAGUGCCUCAGAAGAAUCAAGGAGAGCUCAAGGUGCUCAGAUCACCAGAGUAACUGAAUCUACAACUAAAAUGGACAUAACAGACACAAAAAUGAAUGCAAAACAGUCAUUGAAUGUGAACAAAAGUGCCUCUGAAGAAUCAAGGAGAGCUCAAGGUACUCAGAUCGCCUCAGUGACUGAAUCUAGAAACAAAAUGGACAUAACAGACACAAAAAUUAAUGCAAAACAGUCAUUGAAUGUGAACAAAAGUGCCUCAGAAGAAUCAAGGAGAGCUCAAGGUGCUCAGAUCGCCUCAGUAACUGAAUCUACAGCUAAAAUGGACAUAACAGACACAAAAAUGAAUGCAAAACAGUCAUUGAAUGUGAACAAAAGUGCCUCAGAAGAAUCAAGGAAAGCUCAAGGUGCUCAGAUCGCCUCAGUAACUGAAUCUACAACUAAAAUGGACAUAACAGACACAAAAAUGAAUGCAAAACAGUCAUUGAAUGUGAACAAAAGUGCCUCAGAAGAAUCAAGGAGAGCUCAAGGUGCUCAGAUCGCCUCAGUAACUGAAUCUACAGCUAAAAUGGACAUAACAGACACAAAAAUGAAUGCAAAACAGUCAUUGAAUGUGAACAAAAGUGCCUCAGAAGAAUCAAGGAAAGCUCAAGGUGCUCAGAUCGCCUCAGUAACUGAAUCUACAGCUAAAAUGGACAUAACAGACACAAAAAUGAAUGCAAAACAGUCAUUGAAUGUGAACAAAAGUGCCUCAGAAGAAUCAAGGAGAGCUCAAGGUGCUCAGAUCGCCUCAGUAACUGAAUCUACAACUAAAAUGGACAUAACAGACACAAAAAUGAAUGCAAAACAGUCAUUGAAUGUGAACAAAAGUGCCUCUGAAGAAUCAAGGAGAGCUCAAGGUACUCAGAUCGCCUCAGUAACUGAAUCUACAGCUAAAAUGGACAUAACAGACACAAAAAUGAAUGCAAAACAGUCAUUGAAUGUGAACAAAAGUGCCUCUGAAGAAUCAAGGAAAGCUCAAGGUGCUCAGAUCGCCUCAGUAACUGAAUCUAGAAACAAAAUGGACAUAACAGACACAAAAAUGAAUGCAAAACAGUCAUUGAAUGUGAACAAAAGUGCCUCAGAAGAAUCAAGGAGAGCUCAAGGUGCUCAGAUUGUCCCAGUGACUGAAUCUAGAAACAAAAUGGACAUAACAGACACAAAAAUGAAUGUAAAACAGUCAUUGAAUGUGAACAAAAGUGCCUCAGAAGAAUCAAUGAGAGCUCAAGGUACUCAGAUCGCCUCAGUGACUGAAUCUAGAAACAAAAUGGACAUAACAGACACAAAAAUGAAUGCAAAACAGUCAUUGAAUGUGAACAAAAGUGCCUCAGAAGAAUCAAGGAGAGCUCAAGGUGCUCAGAUUGUCCCAGUGACUGAAUCUAGAAACAAAAUGGACAUAACAGACACAAAAAUGAAUGUAAAACAGUCAUUGAAUGUGAACAAAAGUGCCUCAGAAGAAUCAAUGAGAGCUCAAGGUGCUCAGAUCGCCUCAGUAACUGAAUCUAGAAACAAAAUGGACAUAAAAGACACAAAAAUGAAUGCAAAACAGUCAUUGAAUGUGAACAAAAGUCCCUCAAAAGAAUCAAAGAGAGCUCAAGACUCUCAGAUCACCUCAGAGACUGAAUCUAGAAAUAAAAUGGACAUAACAUACAGAAAGAGUGAAAAACUGUCAGAGAAUGCACAGGAAAGUCCCUCAGAAUCACAGAGAGGUCAAAAGCCCAUUGGAACCCAGAAACGACCAGCAUUGAAGGUUUCCAUGAUAACCCAGACAAGCAAGGUAGUCGAAAUCACGAAGCAAACAGAAUCAUCUGAGAAAGGGACAUCAAACCUCAAACUUUUUGAUGACCACGAGAAUAGAAACCCAGUAAGUACAUGUGUGAGGAUCUUGCCUCAUUCUUGUGGCGGGAAUGACGUCGAUGUGGACACAGGGGAGAGGAAUGUAGCAUGCACCCUUAGGGGCUUGGCUGCAGGCGAUACUCAGACGGAGCCCAAAGAGUCACCGAUUCUUGAAGAUAUUCCUCCUUUUCAUAAGGAAGUAGCCAAGAAGUUAAAGGAGCAACCCCCAUUGAUGCGUGAGGUCACUGCGAGUGUUACGGACACACUCAGUUCCUGCCAACUUGCAUCACAGGGACAGAAGUUAAGAGCAGGUGACCAGUCUGCGGCAUCAACAAAGAGCAGUUCACUUGUCACUGGGCCUCAAAACAAGCCAAGUGAGAAAAUCUCCUCAGGUCAUGUUUCACACAUGCUCCAUGAUGGCCAAGUUACAAAAGCUAUGAGUUCCUCAUUAGGAGAUGACACAUUAACCAGCGUGUGUGAGAAGGAUAGUGAAGCUGGAAGCCAACUCAUCAAAGAGUCUGACAAACCUAAGGGUGAAACAAAACCUGCAUCCAUGUCUUUCGAUAGUAUGGAAAAAACUGAGAUGACAAACAUAAAUACAAGUACAAAUGUGCAAGUACAGAACAGCAUUUCAAAAGAAAAAUCAACGGCAAACUCAAACCAUUCCACAAAUCAAGUCAUUGUCACAGAGUUUGUUCAAAUUUGCAAGUUAAACUCGAAUGUGGUGCAACCACAGACCAUGAAUAGCUCCUCUAUUACUAAAGUUGAAAUGAAAGAUACUAAAGCCAGAGAGUGUCAGAGCUCUUCUCUAGGAGCUAUAAACAAUGUUUCUAAAAUGGACACACAGGAACAAUCUAAAGAUACCACAUUUGAAGUACCAGUAUCAACUCAUAACAAGAUGCAAAGUUACUCUGAUAAAAAGCGCAUUGAUCGUUCUGGCCCCUCUACAUUCCUCUCCCAACAUUCAAAAGCGUUACCCACCGAAUUUACCAUUCCUGCAAUAUAUAUUACAGAUGUGGACGGCACAUCUCAAAAUAGCACAGACAAAACAGAACACAUUGUGUGCAAGAGUGCUAUUAUUAAAUCAGAUACUGUUAAAAUCACAACUGAAGCAAAUGCAGUGACAUAUAGCAACACUGACAGUCAAACAAGUAUACAUUCUGAUUGCACAGACACCACAAACAAAACCACAGCCGUUUUGGAAUUUAAAGGUCUGCAUGAUGAGAAGUGUGAUCUUUCCCUGCGUUCACAAACUCCUGAAGUCAACAAGCCUGAUCAACAGCCACUAAGUCAAGAAAGCCUGAUUCAAGGACCUGAAUCCUCGAGUCAUUUUUCCACUGAGAAGGUUUCAACAGAUUUUAUUAGACUAUCAGAGGUUCCUAAGCAACAUCCCAAUGCUGACAAAAGCAUAAAGUCUGAAUUAACUGAAACCACUUGUCAUCCAAAAACAGAUCUUAAUCUGAAAACUGAUUCUGACUCCUUCAUUAAACAAUUGAAAUCAGCUGCAUUGGACCUUGAGAUGUCAGAUCAACGUUCCACCAGCACCAUGAUCAAUGCUGCAACACAUAUAAACUCUAGAGACAAAGAUAAAUUAGAGGAGGAAGUAAAUUCUGCAGUGAUACAGCAUGAUGUCUGUAAGGUAACAAUCCCACUGAAGAAAACAGACCAUCAGGACAACUCUACUGCUGCCCAAAGUGAACUUGCCACCAGGACGAAUCAAAAGACUACAUUACCUAGCCCUACAGCAGAGAUGAGUGAAAUAGGAAUGACCAUAUGUCUUGAAGAAGGAACUAGAGAUGCAUAUCAGAAGGACAGUUUAUCUUUGAAAACACAACCUGAAUCUCCGUUACAAUCGGUCAGUAACUCACAGUUGAAGACAUCAUUAGAAACGCACUCCCCUCGUCUCACCCGGAAGAUUGUCCCGGCUGACCUUGACAAGCCUGCAGAAAAUGAGAACGUUAAGCCCAAAUCAACAGAGAAAGUCAAAGAAACCCAGUUCAAAGUUCCACAGAUUAUCCGUAAAAUACGACCAGAAGUGUUUGAUGCCUCUGGACAUCUGAAACUCUGGUGUCAGUUUUUCAAUAUAGUAAGUGACUCGACAAUAAGGUGGUACAAGGAUGAGGUGGAGAUUGCAGAGAUAAAGAGAAGUGCAGGAGAUGAGACUCAGGUGUGCUUGGCUAUUCUACGGAUGUCCAAAAGAGACUGUGGUGUUUACAAAUGCACAAUUACCAAUGACUAUGGUAAAGAUUCCACAGAGUAUCUUCUCAGUGCAGAGUUUCUUUCCAAUAUGUUUCUGCGUGAGGAGCUCAAGGAAGUUGGGGAGGAGAUUGAGAUGACUCCUCUGAUCUUUAGUAAAGGUCUUGCUGAUGCAGGUUGCUGGGGCUCAAAGUUCUAUGGCCGUGUCACAACAGAAGAAGCUCAAGUCGGAAUUGGAUGUGAGCACAAAACCAGACGGCUGAAAGUGAUCUAUGGGUUAGAUCCUGUGUUUGAGUCGGGCAGCUCAUGUUUUCUAAAAGUGCGGAGCCCUAUUGCAUAUGAGAGCAGAGAGGAGACUGUUCUGGCUGAAAGGAAUCUCCAAAUCACAAAACAGGAAUGUAGAAUUCAGAACAUGGCCAGAGAGUACUUUAAGAUCUUUGCUGCAGAGACGAGAGUGAUAGAGAGCUUUGGUGCAGCGCUGGAGGUAAUCCCUCUAUACUUCAUGUACUGUCCAGCAAGCAGUGUUCCUUAUGCAACAGUGGAGGCAGAGCUUAAGGGAGUCUAUAAGCGGUAUUGUGGAUUGGAUCGUACCGGGUCACUGGUAUUAAAUGAGAAGUUAGAGGUGGGGCAAAAAUGUUCUUCUCUCCAGCACUGGAUCCACCAGUGGACCAAUGGAAAUGUGCUGUUCUCAAGACUUGAGGGAGUUGAUACAAUACUGACAAAUGUCGGAAUAGCAAUCAGGUCAAAGGGGUAUCAGGGGUUUCCCUGUGAAGCUAAUCCGAAGAUUUUUGAGUUGUUUCACAUUCAGCAUCAGUGUAAUUACUUCUGUGGUCUCUUAAACCUCAAACCUCUCAAAGCCCCAGAAACUCUCCAGGCUCUAUCCAGAUCCCAAGGCUCAAGCAGCCCACUACUACAACGAAGACCAGCUCUCAGCUCCUCCAGUCCCCAAACCUCACGCAAGGCAACAAAGAGCCCCAAAGUAUCCCGCAAGCUGAACCCUCAGACCUAAGGUGUUUAAAAAGGCCAAAGGUAAAAUGAAAGGAAAAAAUGAGACAAAUAAAUCAACAAAUAAUGUCUGUUAUUGAUAGGAAAGGUCACUUACUGAUCUGCAGAUAUUAUGCAACUGCAGAAUGCAAGUGAAAAACAUUCUUUUGAUAAAUGCAACAUUUUAAAUGAAAUAUGUAAAUCCAGAAACACACCAUAAUCUUCUGUUGCAGUGGUCCUUUCAGAAUCAGUUGUAUAAUCCUUAGAGGUUUUUUUGAAAUGGCGCUGUAUAUGUGUGUGAAAAUGUCAAGAGGAGCUGUGGCACUUCAACAUUUUGUUACUUCUUUGUUUAUUUCUAAACAAGUGCUGUUGGCUCUCUUGAUGCUUGUAAAUAAUAAUUAGAAAUAUAAUAAUUUAGUUACAAAUGACCUUUUAUUUAUGAGAUGAGAGAGCAUAUUAUUUCCAUUUGGUUGUGUGAUGCGUGAUGCAUCCAAUGUGAUGCGUAACCUGAAAAAGAUAAAUAUUUUUCCAAUUAUAAUCUUUAACUUUUAGAAUGUUGUCCAUUAAAAUGCUAUGGCACUUUAUAAUACAACCUCUCAAAUCUUUUGUGAUCCACAUAAGAAAUUAACUUUUUGCACAACAAGAAGGGGAGCAGCAUUUAUAAGACAUUGAGUGCCAUUUUGUUAAGCAGUUUUGAGGUGGGGCUUUUCAGUCUUUUCACCAAUUUUCUAAACUUCUGUCGUUUUCUUUCUCCAGUUUCAAUGCAUUCACUAAUUUACCAAAGUCAUCUUGAACGUUGAAUUGUCAUUACAACUGAAAAAUUUCAUGUUUCAAGAGCAUCACAUGAUAUGACUUCAGUUCAUAAAUUGAUUGAUUUCCCUAAAAUGGUUUUGUGUGAACUCACCAUUAUAGAGAUUAGCGUUCACUUUUGUUGGGCAUUUUGGAACGAGAAAUCACAGUUAUAGGUUUCAAAGGAAGGGAAAGAAUAAAUAGGUUACUUGUAAAAGGUGACCUAACUUCUAAUUAAAUAAUCGUCUAUCGUUCAUGUCGAAUAAUGAUCUUUUACUGCACUUUUGUCAUAAAUACCUUGUGAGACUUUUAAUUGGUUUGAUGUAAUCCCUCUAUGUUUGUGGCAAUAUCUUGCAAUUGACCAUGCUUGAGUCACACACAGACUUCAAUACUCAGCAUGCAAUACACAGUUCAGCAAACACUCUAGAGUUAUAUUUCAAUUACUAGAACUCUACUAUUAUUAUUCCUAUUUCACUUUGCUUCAUUUUUUAAGGCAGUCUGGGUUUUUUAAGUAAGUCUAAUUUAUUCGAUUUUAUAGAAGAUGCUGGUGAUCAAUCUGUAAAUUUGCAUUUGGCUUAAGUGUAAGGGAACGAAAUCAUUCCAAAGAGUACAAGUAUGUUACAUCUCAUAUGUAUGAACAUAUGAUGAUUUUGACUUUGUCUCAGAAUGGAAUAGACAAUUAUAUAAUCACAUUUCACCUUGAGACAAGCUUGCAUGGACUUUUCAUAUGCAUUAUGUAUCAGUUUUAACAAUAAAUGUACUAUAGCUCAUGACUACCAUUUCACAUCUGGCACCAGAACCUGAUUUGAAUGACUUUGAUACAUUAUUGUCAUGUUUGCCUUUGUUUUAGUAA